UUUGCUGCUGCGGCUUUAUUUGACUUUAUCAGACUUGCUGCCUUGAUGUGUGCGUGACCUCGGAGAGAUUCUGUAUAUUUGUAGUGUUUAUCUGCAGUUACAAAUUAUAUUAUUGGUUAUUUAAAAGAUCUCGGACAAAUGUAGCGACUAAUGCACGUUUUUACAAGAAAAGGAAUCCAAGGUGUGUAGCAUGUGACCUAGUGGCAUCUAUUCUGUGUUGACCUUUUAUCAAGUCAGUCAGCAGAAAGAGGAGCUUUGCAGUCAUCAGUUGGUGCACGAAAAGGUCCUUCCAAUGUCUUUAGCAGAGGACAUUCUGGAUGUACUGCGCAUUGUCCUGGAGUACUUUGGAGUGCCUCCAGAAAUGCUGGUCCCAGUGUGGGACAGCCAGCUGUGCGGUCAGUAUCGCAGCAUUGUGCGGAUGAUCGGGACCAACCUCCCACUGGCGCCUCCACCACGUGUCCGCUUUCAGAUCCCCCUGCUCACCUAUAGGCCCCAUGGUUAUGUCGACAUCACCGUGGACACACCCGCCAUUCCCUCAUUCGCCGACGUCAUGUGGGUGUUUAAGGACGAGGGGGACAGCUGUGCCAAGACCAGGAACCAUUUACCUCCAAAGAUUCAAUGUGCUGUUAAUCGGGAUGUGGUGAGAUACCCAGGACCGGCCCUCAAUCAAACCCAGAGAGGAGGCAGACCUGUAAGACAGACAACCAAUACAGACGCCCUGGAGAAGAUCACAGUGCUGGAGAGCGAGCUGCUCAAACUACGAGCUCAGAUAGCCAUGAUUGUUACUGCUGCUCCAGCCUCAGGUCCAAUUGAGUCCCAGAAUGCACCAGGCACGCCUUUGAUGUAUCCUCCCCCUCGACCUGCUCUCACCUCCACGCCACGCUGUGCUGCUCCUCCACCACCACCUCCACCUCCUCCUCCUCCCUGCCCUAGCUCCUCCACUGAGACUUCAUCUGUUUUGCAGCUGAUUCGCCAGCGCAGGAAGGACGAGAAAGACCUUGACAAGGGUCAGGGCUUGGAAGUUAAAGGGAUCCCAUCCAUGCUGGACGUUCUGAAGGACUUAAAUCAAGUUAAAUUGCGUUCAGUGGAGAGAUCACCAGGGGGCACGCCAAUAAGAAGGAGACGUAGUAAGGGAGGUGCAGCAUUGCUUGGUGACCCAGCGGCUCUUAUUGCUGAAGCACUAAAGAGAAAGUUUGCCCAGCAUCGCCAUAACAAUUCCGCUGACAAAGAGAAUUCACUUGAACUCUCACCGUUCGGCAGUCCAGAAAUACCUAAGGUUCCUCUCCACACCAGGCGCAGUCAGGGACGCCUCCACCUCUGAUCCUGUUGAACAGUAACUUCUGACCCCAAAAGUCAGACAUGUCAUCAGCCAGUUACAGCUCCCACAGACGUGCCUCACAAACGGAUUAUUGCUGCAGCUACUGACUUACAUUUCAUUUUUACUUUUGUUUGUCUAUUCUUUUGUUCUUGUAAUAGUGUUUGUCUCAAAUGAACAAAGUGCUUGUUCCUGUAAAGUAUCUCUGUUGGGAGUUUUGAAUGUAUAUUUGUGUUCCAGCGAUUUCUUUGAAAGAGGGAUUUUGGUACAGUUGUGUCGUAUUUGUAUGUUUCCAGUGUUAUUCAUACAGAAAUGAUAUCUUUUGAGAGGAAAUAAUGUGAUAAUGUAUUUUAGCAGGCUGGCACUGUAGCUUGUUAGCUACCUGCAUUCAUGUCUAUAAAGUUACUUUGUGAGUCCUUAAGUCUUGACUCAACCAAGUGAAAUGAAAAACAGUAGGUCUUGAGAUUCACACAGCUCUAUUCUAUGCAACUGCUGCUUCAAGUUCUUUUAUUUUAUUAAAGUGUAAAAGUGCACUGAUCAA